AUGACCCACUGGUCCUUGCCGGCUUGGGCCUUGGUGCUACUUAUUUCCAGUACUGCCUUCUCCCUGGACUGUCACUUUCAAGGGUGGAGCAACUGGGAGAGUUUACAACAUUUAGAAAAUCUAGGAGGCAAAUUUCCUCUGAACUGUCCGAAGGACAGAAGUGACUUCAUAUUCCUCCAGGUUUCAACAAUUGACCAGGUUCUGAAGGCAGGAGCUGUCCCUGCCCUCCGAGAAAUGCUACAGCAGGUCUUCAACACUUUCAGCCUCAAUGUCUCCCAAUCUUUGUGGAAUGAAAGCCGUGUAGAGGGACUCCUAAGUGGACUAUAUCGGCAGACAGUGAAGACAGAGGCGUGGCCAGAGCAGGAAACCGGGCAGGAGGAUCAUUCAUCCUUGCAGAGGGAAGAUACCAGACUUGGAAUAAAGAAUUAUUUCCGAGGGAUCCGGGGCUAUUUGCAAGACCAAAAACAUAGCAACUGUGCCUGGGACGUCAUCCAUGUAGAGAUGGCAAAGGUGUUUUCUGUUCAUUGA